AUGCUCGACUGGCACGACUUUGACGCAGUCUUUCAGCCAAAGACCGACUAUGCUUAUGACACCCGAACGGUUGAGAGUAUCCUCAAACACCGCAAGGAAUUCGGUGACCAGCUAUUCUUUGACCGCAUCUGGAAGACCAUUGGCCUUACAAGACCUGCAAGGAAUAACUAUCCACCUCGAUCCAACCAGGAUCUGCGCAAUUUGUGGUCCAAGAUUGUUCAGUCGACCGCUCCCGAUGAACAGAAACUUGCCCUUCUCUACUACCUGCUCCGAGACUGUCGCCAGUUGCCCAAUGCCGACUCGAACUUUGCCCGAAGAACAUAUCUCCCUCAAAGAUGGCAGCUUCUGGUGGCCGGGUUGUGGGAACUCGACCACGCUCAGUUCUCUCGUGCCCUCGAACACCUCACAGACCCCUCCCUGACCCCGACCUUCACCGACGAGAUCCUCCUUACCCUCCUGCGACAUCCAAAAUGCGAGCCUCCCUUAGCAAUGGCCUAUUACAUUGCUAUGUCUCCACCACUGGAAGAUCCGGCAGUUCUCGAGGCAUAUUAUGAUUUGAUCAUAAGUAACAACCUGGUGGAAGCGUAUUAUUUCGCACAGAGACAAGACGAGACAAAACAUCAAAUACUGUUUGAGAAGCUGGUGGUGGCCGUACUUCAGGACAGCCCUGGUCGUGCUCGGUCGGAGCGGGCAACGCUUCUGGUUGGGCUGCCAUUGACCGUGCAGGAGGAGGUCUGGUUCGAGCGUUGCAUACUGGACGGCGCAGCUUCCAAGCUGCCGGGCGCAAAGGACUCGCUCGUGGCCAGGAGAAUCGUUAUGGGCAGGUCAACUAGCGACCCAAAUGUGCUGGGCAGGCUGAAGGGUGAUGAAAUCGGGGGAAUCAACUGGGACGUCGUCAAAGCGGGAAUUGCCGAUGCUCCUGAUGGUGACGCAUUGCCUGCGGCCGCUGAUGACGCGGGACUUGGGUGGGACUGGGACGAAGCCGGGGAAUCGCCGCGUGAAACCGAAACACCCGACUACCCCUUGCAGGCUCUCGCAAAUGGCAUCACUCAAUGGCUUGGGAUGCGAUAUGCCGCAGCCCCAACGGGACCUUUGAGAUUCGCAGCGCCCCAAGACCCGCCCAUCGUCCAUGGCACUCAGCAGGCUAAUAAGCACGGUGACAUCUGCUUUGGGACGGGCAACAAUCCUCGUGACCCAAGCUUGUCCGAAGACUGUCUCUUCCUGGACGUCUAUGCUCCGACUCAGGCAACCAACACCUCGAAACUGCCCGUCUACUUCUUCAUCCAAGGGGGUGGUUUCAACUUCAACUCAAAUGCAAAUUACAAUGGCAGCGGCCUGGUCUCCGUAUCCGGGCAUGGGAUGAUCGUUGUGACCUUUAACUAUCGCGUGGGACCGUAUGGGUUCCUUGCCAGUCGUGAGAUUCAAGAAUCACCAUCUGCCACCUUGAACAACGGUUUAUUAGACCAGCGCAAAGCGCUCGAUUGGGUGCAAAAGUACAUUACUCAUUUCGGCGGAGAUCCAAAGCAUGUUGUUCUUGGGGGAGAUUCCGCCGGCGCUGCAUCCAUCGCCUACCAUUUGACAGCAUAUGGCGGGCGAAAUGACGGGUUAUUUGUCGCCGCAGCCGCCGAAUCCGUCAGUUUCGCGCCCAUAUUGACUGUCGAGGAAAGUCAGUACCAAUAUGACCACUUGGUGGAGAGUCUGGGCUGCACAUCUCGCACCACGAGUCAGGGUUCAACUGGCAAGGACACCACUGUGUCGUGUCUCCGCUCAAAGACAACGGCAGAGUUCCAGGCCCAAAACCACAAUCUGCCGUAUCCGGGAGCCAGAAACCCGCCUCUCUAUAUGUGGAAUCCCGUCAUUGACGACGAAAUGAUUCGAAACUACACCUACGCUGCCUUUGACAGCGGCAAGUUCCUGCGGAUCCCCGUGCUGUUUGGCGACGACACCAACGGCGGGACAGUCUUCACCCCGCGGGGGACAUCCAGCCUGGCCCAGUCCAACACGUUCUUGCACGACCAGUUCCCGGACCUGACGGCCGACCAGCUGCAGCGCAUCGACGAGCUCUAUCCCAACAAUGGCCCGCAAUUCCCCAACUCGGGCUCCUGGUGGCGCCAAGUCUCCAACGCCUACGGCGACAUGAGGUACAUGUGCCCGAACCUGUUCAUCGCGGCGAGCUACGCGCGCUACGGCGUGUCGGGAAACUGGAACUACUGGUACAACGUGCAGGACGCCUCGCAGGUCCGCCAGGGCCUGGGGGUGCCGCACACGGUCGAGCUAUCCGCCAUCUGGGGUCCCGAGAACACCAACGGCGCGAGCCCGCCGAGCUAUCGUCGUGGUGGUCCCAACGCGUGGAUCGUCCAGUUGAUGCAGAGCUACUGGAUCAGCUUCAUCCGCACGCUGGACCCGAACCCGUUCAGGCUUCAGGGAGCCCCGACAUGGCAAGAAUUUACCCUCUCCGAUGAGGAGGGCGGUGAUGGUGCCGCCGCAGCAACAACAGACUGGCUGCGAAUGUUCUUCGACACGGCCGACACGACGGGCAUGGCCGAGGUCAGCGCCUCCGUCAGAAAGAAAUGUCAGUACCUCAACUCGAUCGGCAUAGCUCUCAAACAAUAA